CGCGGGAGACAAAAUCCCAGAGCCGGAAAAAAAUGAUAAUUUAUCUCAUCAAAGGAUGGAAAUUAAUAUGGAUACCUCCAUUGGUGAUACUCCUGUUCAAACAAUUACAGGCACCGCAGAUUCUCAAGAUAGGUCAACAGUAGAUCAAGUUGUCGCACAGAAUCCUGGAGCUGGAACAAAAUUAAAUUCUGGAGAAAAUCCACCAGACACCUCAUCACUGUGCUAUUGCGGAAAGGGAAGAAAUCUUGGUACAGUGGAGUUACAGUGUGGAUUUUGCUAUAAAUGGUUCCAUUCUGAGUGUAUUGGCUGCUAUAUUGGAACCUGUAUCCCUUUUAUGACAAAUUACCAGUUUUCCUGCAAGCAAUGCAGUCCCAACAGUUUGGAAUAUUUCAACAGAAAACAAGCAAGUUUUACACAGAUUUGUUACACCACAAUUGCUAAUUUAACAAACCAGGCCAGGAGCCGAGGAGAGGAAAAAAUGUUGUUCUCAAAAGAGAGGGAAAUUAUACCAUACAUUGAAAAGCAGUGGGAAAAUUUGACAACAAUGCCAAGGAGAAUUAAGACAACAUGGCACACAACAGUCACUAAAACUCUGACAAAAGAGACAGAACUCUUUUCGUCCUCUGAAGAAACAAUAGGCGACCCUCUGUAUGGCCUGGUCAUGGCGGAUUUGAACAAAGUUGGUCCUGGUUAUGAAUUAUUGAAACAAAGCAGUGUUUUACAGACUGGACAGAAGACAGGGUCACUUGUAGACAGUAAAGGACGAGGAACAAAAAGGAAAGCACCAGACAGCAUACAGCCUGUCGGAUCCAGACUGAAAAGGAGUGAUGUAAACACCAUGGCCAAGCUUGCCCCUCAUGGCUACCCAUUAGAGCACCCCUUUAACAAGGAUGGAUAUCGCUACGUCCUGGCCGAGUCUGACCCCCAUGCACCAAACAGACAAGCUUUUGAUGAGAGUCUGGACUGGGCUGGCAAACCUAUCCCUGGAUAUCUGUACAGGACUUUCCUUGGAGCUGAAGUUCUUAUGGCACUCAAUGACAGAG